AUGUAUCGACAUUUCUGCACCAUCCACGGCCUCAACCACUCCCAUGACACGGCAUUAUGCCACGAGUUGGAGACGCUGGCGACUGUCACUGCAAGGGCAAUUCGAGCAGCCCUGGCCAUUCCCCCGAAGAGGGAGAUGACGGAGGCACAGAGGCAGAAGAAGAGGGAGAAGCAGCGCGCUCGCCGCCACCGCCGCCGGGCGGAGAAGAUGAAGGAGCAGAAGACUCCUUCGGGGGCCGAAGUCACCGAGCCCCCACCAGCCACCGAUCCUCUCCCCCAAGGCCUGCCCCUGCCCACCUGCCUGCCUUACCGGACCUUGGUGAAGGUUGAGGAUGGCGUUGAUACCAAGUUCAAGCUGUAG